AUGGCGACGAUUUCAGACUUUACUUCAAAGUUUAUUAAUCUUCUGACUACUGACACAGAAGAAAUUAAAGAUGAAGUUGAGUUUUGUCGAUCUCUUUUUAUUAAUAGGAAAUACCACCGCUUAAUUCUAUACAUUGAUGAUAGAAAGAACGAAAACAAGUUCGAUACAUUAGUAAAUUACUGGUAUAUGCUUUCAUUACUCAAACUCAAACGCUAUAAAGACUGCGAAAUUUACUUAAAUUCAAUUUCCGAAGGAGAAGAAGAAACAGAACCCAAAUAUCUUUACGUGAGAGGUCUUUUACUAUUAAAACAAAUGGAUUUUGGAUACUGUGGAAAAUAUUUGCAAGAUUCAUUCGUAGCUGAUCCAACAUUUUAUGAUCCAAUCAACAAACUUUUAAGUCAUCAUUUGCUUUCUGAGUCAUUAUUAUCAUCAUUAAUCUAUAAAGACAAGAAUAAUUCCAAAAUAUCAGAACAAAUACAUUCAAUUGCUGUAAAUUCAUGGCUUUUCGAAGGCGACGCAAAUUCAGCAUUUGAAUCCGCAUCCAAGCUUCUCAAAGAGAAUCCUUCUUCAGAUAAAGCAAUUACUGCAUUCGUUUCUGCUUGUAUGGCACUUGGAAAAUCUCAUGAUCUCUUUGUCGUAGCUCAGAGAUUGUUAGAAACUACACCUGACUCUUAUCUUGCCUCUUUUGCUGCUGGCUGUCAUGUUGCAAUGAGCGGAAGAAGCGAUGCUGCUCGUUCUCUCUUAUGGUUUACUUUAAAGCGAAUGCCUUCAUUUGCUCCUGCAUGGCUAGCAUACGCGAUGACUUAUAAGAAUGAUAAUGAUAAUCGCAUGGCAUUAUCAGUAAUCAUGACAGCUGCCAGAGCAUUUCCAAAAUUAAAUCUCUUACAUUUAUGGGCUGCAUACUUUUGCGUUCAGAGCAAUGAUUUUGCAUUGGCUUUAGCUCAUCUCCAGAUGUGCAGACCGUCAGGAUACGUUUAUAAUGAAGUUGGAUGCAUAUUAAUGAAGAAUGGCCGUAUUUCUGAUGCAUUAAAAGCUUUCCAGAAAGCUAUUGUUGCAAAAGAUGUAUGCAAUGCAUAUAUUAUUAAUGCCGCAACUUGUUACAGAAGAAAUAAUAAUUUCAUCGAAGCUGAAAGAUUGUAUAGAGAGGCGAUCCAGAAAGAACCAGACAAUUUAACAUGUUUGAUCGGACUUGCAUUUACUUUACAACUCAUGGAUAAACGUGAAGAAGCAUAUAAAAUGUAUUUCAGAGCAAUUACAAUUGAUCCUGAUAAUGCAUUUGCAAAUGAAAUGCUAUCUAAUUUGGGAAGUGAUUUAGCUUCUGAUCAACUUGCUAAUGAAGAUGAAGAUCCUCGAUUCUAUGAAAAGUUUGCUGAAUUUAUGAAAGAAAACGCUGAUUAA